AUGUCGGCCAUACGAAGUAGUUUUCGAUCCAACCAUCAUGCUGCUGAAUUCUGUGCUACAUGUGGAGCCAUUUUACCUUUGCCAAGUGGAGGAAGUUCUUUCAAUUUACUUAAAUGUAUCGCUUGUGGUCACGCAAUUAGCAUCAGUGUUUUCGAUGGAACCACUUCAAUGACUAAAAUUGUCUUCAAUAAAAGUGAUAAUAUGUUGGUAGAGAAAAAGGGAAUGAACAAAGGGCCAGUUGUCGAAAGGAAAUGCAGGAAGUGUCCAUCAGAGAAAAUGUUCUACUUUACUCUACAAACGAGAUCCGCUGAUGAAGGACAAACAGUUUUCUACACUUGUUGUGAAUGUGGUUCUCAGGAAAACGAAAAUUUUAAUUGUUGUAUAUUAACCUUUCUUUUGUUUAUAAUCGAUUAA